AUGUCGCACCUCCGGCCCCUCAGACCCCUAACCCGCCUCCUCGCGCGCCCUCACCACCAACCCAACCACCUACCAACCCUCACAACCCCCACCACCUCCUCCCCUAUCCCAAAUCACCAAACGCGGACCCUCCGCUCCGCAACCCCCACCUCCGCCACAGCAACAACCACCACCACCACAACAACCCCAACCACCCCCCUCCCCACCGAAGCAUACCCCGUGCCGCCGCACCCCGAACACCCCGAAGUACCCAAAGCCGAAACCCAGCUCACCACGCACCCGCUCCUGCGCACCCUCCGCCAGGACAAAAGCUACACCGAGACCCGGCCGCACCUGUCCAUGAUCCCCACGCACCGCGCCUCGCACUUCGUCGCAGGCACCCUCUCCGGCGCCCACAAGGUCACCGUCCCGCCGUACGUAUUCACGCGGAGCAAACCCGCCACCCAACAGCAAACCCAAUCCCAGCAAAGCACCCCGCCAACCCCACAGAACCAACCACCAUCGCUCGCGCAAACCAUCUCCCUCUUCCAUCUGGGCACCACCCUCAACGGCCACCCGGGGUACGUGCACGGCGGCCUGCUGAGCGUGAUGUUCGACGAGACGUUCGCGCGCUGCGUGGCGGCCUCCUUCCCCAGCGGCGUGGGCAUGACGGCCAAUCUGAGCGUGGACUUCCGGAAGCCCGCGCGGCCGGACCGGGUGUAUGUGCUGCGCGCGGAGACGGUGCGGGUCGAGGGCCGGAAGGCGUGGGUCGAGGGAUCGUUGACUUCGCUCCCGCCACGCAGUGCAUCUGGGGAGGUGGUGGUGGAGGGGGCGGAAGACGAAGAAGGGACGAUGGUGGCUGAGGCGCGGGCGUUGUUUGUUGAGCCGAAGUUUGCGGAGUCUAUGGUGCCCUUGUAUCGGAAUUGA